AACUGUUGUACCUAUAUUUAUAUAAACAUAACUACCAUGAGUUUAUCCAUGCUUCGUCCUCAAGUUGGACUUUUAAAUAGACAACCUCACCUUGCGACAAGAAUUGUGUUCCAACAGUUGCCCAGAGCUGCUGUCACCUUGGGCAUCCGUUCUUAUGCCACAAACCAAGGCAAACAAAUCUUAUUACGUGAUCAUGGUGUCUUUGCCAAUUACGUUCCUCCUGAGAAAACCCCCUCCAUUACAGACUUCACCAACUGGCGUUUGACCAAAUGGCGCAACUUGAAAAACAGUGUUCAGAACUUAUUGAGUAUGGGUUUGAUCAAACACAAGUCUCAAUUCGACAAAUGGAACUCUGGCAAAUUUCUUUCAGAGGCCGAGGAAACGUACAAAGAUAUGAAUGAUGCAUUUGCCAGAGGUGAUCGUCAGAUUUUGGAAGAAGUUUGUUUGGAUGCCAUGUAUUCUAGCUUAAAGAAUCAAUUGAAAACUCGUAAUAAUGUUCGUUGGGAAUGGAAAUAUCACGGUGAAGUUCAACAACCCAAAAUUGUGUGUGUUCGUUGUGUUGGUACAACUGGUUUAAGUAAGCACGGUUUUGCUGUUGCUCAAGUCACUGUAAAGAUGGUCACCAAACAGUCCAUGGCAGUGUUCGACAAGAAGAACAGACUUGUUGGUGGAGAUCCCAACAAGAUUCACAACGUUUCAGAAUAUGUUGUCUUCCAAAAGACCAUUUCUGAUCCUGAGGAUAUUUGGAGAGUUUAUGGAAAAAUUGCUGCACCCGAGAAGUUGGUUAAAAAGGAUUAGAGAGAAAAAUAAAGAGUUUUAGAGCUUUGUAAUUGAUUAUUAAGAUUUAUUUUAAAAUA